GAAAGAUGGCAUCCUCAUAACGCCACCCUCAAAAUCCACCACCAAGCCAAAAUCUUUCCUCAGUUUUUAGCCUUCCCAAAGGAAUGAGAUCAUUGUUCCUUCAUUCCAAGAAACCUUCUGGGAGAACUGUCUUAUUUAUAUGGUACCUACACAUCCAUCCAUCUUCACGAAUAGGUAUUCUUGCCUUCUUUUUGAGUGAGAAUUGAGAGUAGAAGAGGGAGUGGAGGAGAGAUGGGGAGGGGGAGGGUGGAGCUGAAGAGGAUUGAGAACAAGAUAAACAGGCAGGUGACCUUUGCAAAGCGGCGGAACGGAUUGCUGAAGAAGGCUUACGAGCUCUCUGUCCUCUGCGACGCCGAGCUCGCCCUCAUCAUCUUCUCCAGCCGCGGCUGCCUCUUCGAGUUCUGCAGCAGCUCCAGCAUGCUUAAGACAAUCCAGAGGUACCAAAGAUGCAACUAUGCUGCAUCAGAAGCUGUUGCCUCACCAAGUGAGACACAGCAGAACACUUAUCAGGAAUAUGUGAAGCUGAAGGCAAGAGUUGAUUUUCUGCAAAGUUCACAUAGAAAUCUCCUUGGUGAGGACUUGGACCCAUUAAGUACAAAUGAACUUGAGCAACUUGAGAAUCAACUAGAGAAAUCUCUAAAGCAGAUCAGAUCAGCAAAGACGCAGUUCAUGCUUGAUCAGCUCUGUGAUGUUAAAAAAAAGGAACAAGCGUUGCAAGAAGCAAACAGAGAACUAAAAAGAAGGUUGCAGGAAGCCACUUCACAUAAUCCCUUCCAGUGGUCAUGGAUAAAUGGUGGUGGCAAUGGUGCUGGUGGUGCAUCGGAAGAUGACCGUUGCAAUCGUGAGGCUGCUCUAUCAGAGGGAUUCUUCCAGUCAUUGGGAUGUCACCCUCCUUCGCAGAUUGGGUACCAUCCGAUGCAUAUAGACCAGUCAAACAGAGGAGCUAUGACACACAAUUCCAAUGGCUACCAGCUUCCUGCAUGGAUGUGAUAUGAGUUCCAAGCUUCAUUAGGUAUAUAUCUGCACGUAUAAGAACCCAAUCUGGUGUGGGUUUCGUUUUACCCCCUUCCUGCGUUGUUUACUGUCUGUUGAUCCUGCUUUAUCCAUAAAUAAAUAAGGAAACAACAAAAAUAACGCUUAUGCUUGUUUUUUAGUGCUUGCAACUUAUGGUGACAGCAUAAAAUAUAAUGAGUUGUUUGAAAGUA